AUGAGGUUUUCCAGACCGUGGAGACUGAGGCCCGCAUCUACUCAGGCUCUUUACGUGUUCUCGCUCAGGUGGAGCUUUGUCUCCCACCCCAGCCAGAGGACCAUGUGUACCAGCCUGACUACUUGUGAAUGGAAGAAAGUCUUCUAUGAGAAGAUGGAGGUGGCAAAGCCAGCUGACAGCUGGGAGCUCAUCAUGGACCCCAACCUCAAGCCUAAUGAACUGGGUCCUGGCUGGAAGCAGUACCUGGAGCAGCAUGCCUCCGGCAGGUUCCACUGCUCCUGGUGCUGGCACACCUGGCAGUCGGCCCACGUGGUCAUCCUCUUCCACAUGCACCUCGAUCAAGCCAAGCGGAUGGGCUCAGUGCGCAUGCGCGUCUUCAAGCAGCUGUGCUACGAGUGUGGCACGUCGCGGCUGGAUGAGUCGAGCAUGCUGGAGGAGAACAUCGAGAGCCUGGUGGACAACCUCAUCACCAGCCUGCGCGAGCAGUGCUACGGCGAGGACGGUGGCCAGUACCGCAUCAACGUGGCCAGCCGCCCGGACAGCCGGCAGCAUCGCAGCGAGUUCUGCGAGGCCUGCCAGGAGGGCAUCGUGCACUGGAAGCCAAUCCAGAAGCUGCCGGAGGAGGAGGCCAACAGCUACCCCUCCAAGGCGGGGUCUGGAUACAACUUCUUCUCCCUGCGCUGGUGUGUGUUCUGGGCUUUGCUCUGUGUGGUCAUUGUCUACCUGCAGUUCUCCUUCCACAGCUUUGCCUUCUUUUAG